GAGGUCAUUGAGGCCAUCGCGGAAAGCGCCUUCAAGACCUCGCCCUACCCCGUCAUCCUGUCCUUUGAGAACCACGUUGAUUCAGCGAAGCAGCAGGCUAAGAUGGCCGAGUACUGCCGAAGCAUCUUCGGGGACGCCCUUCUGAUCGAUCCCUUUGAAAAAUAUCCGCUCCAGCCCGGCGUAGCCUUACCGAGCCCCCAGGAAUUAUUGGGGCGCAUUCUGGUGAAAAACAAGAAGCGCCGCACCCACGCCAAGGGGACGGAAGGCAGCGUCCGCAAACGGGUUCUGGAGCAGACACCCAGCUCCUAUAGUGACUCUUCUGGGGUGGGCGAGCCGGGGUCUCCCGCCCUGGGGUCUCCCUUCGCUGAGCAGCCCGAGAUCCUUUCCUUGAUCCUGACCAACGGGGAGGAGAAGACCCCCGACAGGAUGGCAAAACUAGGGGAACCCCGCAAAUCUAUUGACCGGGAAGCUGAAAGCGAGGAGGAAGAAGAACAACCAGACCCCAAAAAACCUACCACCGAUGAGGGCACGGCCAGCAGCGAAGUCAACGCCACAGAGGAGAUGUCGACGUUGGUCAAUUACAUCGAACCGGUCAAGUUCAAGUCCUUCGAAGCGGCCAGCAAAGGCAACAAAUGUUAUGAAAUGUCUUCCUUCGUGGAGACCAAAGGACUGGAGCAGCUGACCAACAGCCCCAUGGAGUUUGUCGAAUACAACAAGAAGCAGCUUAGCCGAAUCUACCCCAAAGGGACACGCGUGGAUUCCUCCAACUACAUGCCACAGCUCUUCUGGAACGCCGGCUGUCAGAUGGUGGCCCUCAAUUUUCAAAGCCUGGACUUGCCAAUGCAGCUGAACCUGGGCACCUUCGAGUACAACCGCCGGAGCGGCUACUUGCUCAAGCCCGAAUUUAUGCGACGGUCGGACAAGUUUUUCGACCCGUUCACCGAAGACAUUGUUGAUGGCAUCGUGGCGAACACCGUCAGAGUGAAGAUUAUCUCCGGUCAGUUUCUCUCGGAUAAGAGGAUCGGCAUCUACGUCGAGGUGGACAUGUUUGGGCUGCCGGUGGACACCAAGCGCAAAUUUCGCACUCGGACCUCCCAGGGCAACUCCUUCAACCCCGUUUGGGACGAGGAGCCCUUUGUCUUCCAGAAGGUCGUGCUGCCAACCCUUGCCUCGUUGCGCAUCGCGGUUUUUGAGGAGGGUGGCAAAUUUGUGGGGCACCGGAUCUUGCCCGUCUCUGCCAUCCGUGCAGGAUACCACUAUAUUUCUCUGCGCAGCGAAAGCAACCAGCCCCUCUGCCUCCCGGCCUUGCUGGUCUACACGGAAGCUUGCGACUAUAUUCCCGACGAUCAUCAAAAUUACGCCGAGGCGUUGAUUAACCCAAUUAAGCACGUCAGCUUAAUGGACCAGCGGGCCAAACAGCUGGCUGCCCUGAUUGGGGAGAGGGAGGAGAACGUGGAGAAGCCGAAGGAGUCCCUGUUGAGGAGUCCGUCUUGCACCACCAUGGGGCCGGCCCGGGAGGUCCAGAAACCCCUCCCGGACGUGCUGCCCCCAACUCGGACCCCCAGCAUCAUCCCCAGUCAAGGCCAGAGAGAUGACCUGAUUGCAAGCGUCCUGGCAGAGGUGUCCCCGCCUUCCGUGGAAGAACUGAGGCAGCAAAAGGCUUUUGUGAAGUUGCUGAAGAAGCAGUACCGGGAGCUGAAGGAGCUCCGCCGCAAACACAUGAAAAAAAUUUGCAGCCUCAACAAAAAGCAGAACGCGCAGCUGGAAAAAAGCCGGCUGCGUAGCCGGGAAGGGUCUCAAAGCUCUUUAGAAGGAGCCCGACAAGGACAGGACCACGAGGAACCUCAACGGAAGCUGGAACUUCAGGAAUGGCAAAUGCAGGGGGGUCUGCUACGGCUGCGCGAGGCUCAGCACCAGGUGGAGAGGGAGUUGAAGCGAGAUCACCUGCACCAGGCCCAGCAGCGCUUAAGAGACAUCGCUCAGGAUUAUCAGACGGCUCAGUUGAAGAAGCUGAAAGAAACGAGCGAGAAAGAGAAGAAGGAGCUGCAGAGAAUCCUGGAUCGAAAACGACACAACAGCAUCACGGAAGCGAAAUCUCGCGAGAUGAGCAAAAAGGACAUGGAGUUAACCGAGAUAAACAGAAGGCAUAUCACUGAAUCCGUAAACUCCAUCCGGAGGCUUGAAGAGGCCCAGAAGCGACGCCAGGAAAAGCUACUUUUGGGACACCAGGAAAUGGUGCAAUUGAUUGAGGACGAAGAACCCCGGUUGAUAGCUCAGCUGGAGCAAGAGUGGCAGCUGGAGGGCUCGUCCCUGACCCAAGAAAUCGGCCGUUUCCUGCAGGAAGAACUCGACGGGGGAGUCAGCAACGGACACUCCCCCGGCCCCAGCGUCAGCUCCUUGGCCCCGGAAGACGAGCUGACGGUCCUGUGAAGCCAACACACAGCAAGGGACGUCACUGACGGCCGGACAGCCGCGAACGAGAAACAUGGGGUGGGGGCAGUUAAAAACACCCCACGUGGGAGAAGGUGGGG